UCGGGCAUCUACAAUCAGAAAACGGACUUCCUUUAUUGGGCAGAGUCGGGACCUGUCCUUAAGAACAACCUAAAAUGGCACUCAAGUUCCAAAACUGUUCAAUACCACCGUGGACAUGGAAACUCAACAACUACAAAACCCUAGUAACUACCCAUUCUCUGUCUCUCGGUUUUCGCCACCCAACAGCCCAUGCCACCAUCUGCCAUGGCCAGGACUACUCAACAAAACACACAACUCUUCUUGUUGACAGCUUCCAUGAACACAAGAGGCUCAAGUCCCUGCUUCACAACCUUAACAACAACCAAAACCCUUUGCAACUGCUUCAACAGGAUGGAGACUGGUCCAAAGAGCACUUCUGGUCUGUCAUCAAACUCCUUAAACUUUCUGCAAGAUCCAAUCAGAUUCUUCAGGUGUUUCAUAUGUGGAGGGACGUGGAGAAAACAAGAAUUAAUGAAUUCAAUUAUGAGAAGAUUAUAGGGUUGUUAGGUGAAGAGGGUCUAAUGGAAGAUGCAGUUACUGCGUUUAUGGAAAUGAAAAGUUUUGGUCUCUGCCUUUCCUUAGAGGUUUACAAUUCUAUAAUUCAUGGCUAUGCAAGAAAUUGCAAGUUUGAUGAUGCUUUGUUUUACCUUAAUCAGAUGAAUGAAAUGAAUUUGAGCCCGGAAAGCGAUACUUAUGAUGGCUUGAUUGAAGCUUAUGGGAAUUAUAGAAUGUAUGAUGAGAUGGCUACGUGCCUGAAGAAGAUGGAGCUGGAUGGGUGUUCACCUGAUCGCUAUACUUAUAAUUUGCUUAUCCAAAAGUUUGCGCAAGGUGGAUUGCUGACAAGAAUGGAAAGGGUUUAUCAGUCUAUGCGAACCAAAAGGAUGAAGUUGCAGUCUUCGACUUUGAUUUCGAUGCUUGAGGCAUAUGCAAACUUCGGGAUUGUGGAGAAGAUGGAGAAGAUUUUAAGGUGGGCAUGGAACUCAAAAAUCACUGUAAAGGAGGAUUUGGUUAGGAAAUUAGCUGGGGUUUAUAUUUCAAACUACAUGUUUUCGAGACUGCACGACUUGGCUGUUGAUCUUACUUCUAUAACUGGCCGGACUGAUAUUGUUUGGUGCCUACACCUCCUUUCUCAUGCCUGUCUCUUGAGUCGAAGAGGCAUGGAUGCUGUUGUUAGGGAGAUGGAAGAUGCAAAGGCUUGUUGGAAUAUAACAGUUGCAAACAUUAUCUUGCUAGCAUAUUUGAAGAUGAAAGAUUUCACCCGCUUGAGGAUCUUGCUCUCUAAGUUACCAGAAAGUCGUGUGGAACCUGAUAUAGUCACUUUUGGUAUUCUUUUUGAUGCAGAAGAAAUAGGUUUUGAUGGAAAAGAGUGUUUAGAGAUGUGGAGAAAGAUGGGUCUUCUUUAUAGGCGUGUAGAAAUGAACACCGAUCCUCUGGCUUUCUCUGCUUUCGGUAAGGGAAACUUCCUCAGAAGCUGUGAAGAGGGCUACUCUUCCCUUGAACCUAAUGCCAGAGAAAAGAAAAGGUGGACAUAUGUCGAUUUCAUAAAUUUAGUGACUAGCAAAGCUCAGUGAAAUGCAGCGUGAAAUGAAUGGAAGCUGAUGAAACUGAGAGUCAAGAUGAGUUAGCUCAUCAAGAUUACAUUGAUUAGAUCAUCAAUUUCUGUUCAUAAGUUAAAGCGUCACUUCUAUGCAUAGGAAGCAUGAUGUGGAAAGCUGUCCAUUAUGACUUGUAUUAUUUGGUGCCAAAAAGGCCCCAUGGUUUUCUUCAUGAAACAAUGCCUAUGAGCUUAAUUUUCCUUUACUGCUCUCGUUGUUACCGGCUGGCUGUCCAUGCCAUGUGAGAGUCAAUCUGGUGCGUUUUCCUCAAACAUCUUCGUUUAUAGAUUGGAAAGCUGGUCAUGAUCUCCUAUUACAGUAUGCUUGGAGAGGGUUAUGCCAUUAUAGAGCUAUCUUCAUUUGUAUGAGGAGAGGAGCAUUUGCCAGGCGUGCCACCCUCUCUAGAGUUUCAUUCUGCAUCAUGCUGGGUAAAAAUCUUGAACGCUAAUGCUCACAAUAAUCUAACGGCAGCAAACUGUUAUGGGUCACGCUGGGUAACUAUGCUCCAUUUCCUCUACCAAUUUUCCUUCAUGGCAACGAUUGCUAGAAAGCUCACACUUCACACUCGAAGAAGUGUGACUGAGAAUUCCUUACAUACCCUUCAUGUUCUCCCGCCCACUCACUAUAACUUCUAAUUCUAUCAGCAGUUUACGCUCGAUUACUAGGAGUACUGUCCCACAUGUUUUCUGCAAUACAACGAUCAAUACAGUUUAGCCAGCCAGGAGACUUGGCACAGCUACAAGAUGGAGAAGGUGAAUCUCAACCACCAAUACAGGCUAGCCACUUUGCUCAUGCCCUGUACCUUUGUUGUACUUUAUUCUUGAGUCAAUUGCUAAUUUGGGAUUCACA